AUGACCCCCGCCUUCCUCACACCUCCCCCCUUACCAGUGCGCUCCACGCGGGCCCGCGCUGUCUCCCCGCGUCGCCCCGUAAUGUCCUCCGGCCGUUCACCUUGGCCAUUCUCGCGCUUUGUUCAAACCCUGUUGUUCUAUUCGCCUCUUGGCCGCUUUCUCCACGGCCCCCCGACCGACCCUGCCGAGCGCGUCCGAUCCGCUCGCGUGUCCGCCACGCCGGGCGAUUCGGUCGUCCUCGUCACGGGCGCCAACGGCGGCACCGGCCGCCGCGUCGUCCGCGACCUCCUGCGCAAGAAGGGCAUCGUCGUCCGCGCGCUCGUCCGCACGGAAGCGAAGCUUGUCGAGGCUCUGGCAAAGGUCGGCGUCGACGCCGAGCAGGAACGCAAGAGCGGCAAGUUGCAGGUCGUCGUAUCGGACUUGUUCAACAUCCGCCCGGAGUUCUUUGACAACGUCGUCGCCGUCGCGUCCUGUACCGGCGUCAAUGUGGGUCCGGCAGACGACCCGGAUAGGAGCAAGUACUUUCAGGGCGUCAAGUUCUACCCGCCGUCCAUUCUAGACGACACGCCGGAAAACGUCGAGUUUGUGGGCAUUGGCAAUCUCGUCGAGGCGGCGAAGAAGUACUUUAAGGAGGGCGCGGGGCAAAUACCCGUGCUGACGUUUUCGGAUGACGAGAUCGUGCGCAAGCAGUGGGGGGCCUUGGAUGAUGUCGUGAUGGGAGGCGUGAGCAAGGGGAGUGUGCGCACGCAGAAUGGCUGCUUGGUGUUCUCGGGUUUUGUAUCGACAGACAAUUCGGGUGGGUUUUCGUCGGCUCGCACGACGGACUUCGCCCAGCCGUUGGAUGUUAGCCAGUACGAUGGGUUCAGGCUGCGUGUGAAAGGCGAUGGGAAGAGUUAUAAGUUUAUCGUAAGGUGUGAGGAUAAGUGGGAUGGUAUUGCGCAUUGCUUCACGUUUCCGACCAAGAGUGGCGAGUGGAUGGAUGUUGAUAUACCGUUUGACCAAUUUCGAGCCGUAUUCAGGGCGAAGACACUGCCAGAUGGGAAGCCUCUUGACCCGAAGAAGGUGUACGCGUUCCAGGUCAUGCUGAGUAAGUUUGAGUAUGACGGCGAGCUCAAUCCCAACUUUUCGGCAGGGCCGUUCCAGUUGCAGAUUGAGUCGGUCUCGGCAUACAAACAAAGCGGAGACGGCGUUAUACGCCCCAAGAUUGUGCAUAUCAGCACUGCGGCCGUGACGCGCGUCCUGAGGAAGUCGGAGUUUACGCCUGAACAGCUGCCACCCGCCGCCCAGAUGAACGAUCAGCUCGGGAGGAUUCUGAACUGGAAAUUUGCAGGGGAGGAUGCUAUCCGGAAUUCGGGAGUGCCAUACACGAUUCUGCGCCCAUGCGCGCUGACAGAAGAAGAGGCUGUGGGGAUGGACUCGCUGUUGUUCGAACAGGGUGAUACCCUCUUGGGAAACGUUUCGAGGGACGAUGUGGCGACGCUCAUCAUCAAGGCCUUCGACACGCCUGCGUUGGUUGAUGUGACUGUCGAAGUGUCAAAGACUGGUGAGGGAGCUGCAAGUCCGGGUCCGUCAGAGCAGAGAAUUGAUGGGUUACAACAAGAUCAGGUGGAAUCGAGAGCCUACGCGCAAUUUCCAUACGUGCCAGCCGUGCUGCAGGAGACUUAGCGGCUUCCUUGUGUUCAGAUAGUCCUAGGUACAGUACUUGUUGCGGAAUUAUGGGAUGUAAAUGACAAUGCCAUAGACUCAGGGAAUGAGAACAGGCUUUGUCGACCACUAAUGAUUGUCAA